AUGGCCACUCUACUAUGGGGCUAUCUUCGCAUACCCUUCAUGUUCGCUUCUGGUCUGGGCAUGGUUAUCAGCAGCGGCCUGUUCUAUUACCAGAAUGAGCUUAUCUAUCCCCGGAAUAUUCCUGCAAAUGCUCGCACCGAUGUACCAAGACCAUCUCAGCUGGGACUGGACGCCGAAGAGCUCACUCUACCCACGCCGGAUGGUGAGAACUUGAGCGCAUUCCUCGUAAAGCCAGGAAAUGCAAGCAAGGCAAAGAAUGUCACUCUCCUCAUGUUCCAUGGAAAUGCUGGAAACAUCGGUCAUCGACUUCCUAUCGCUAAAAUUCUGGCGAAUGACAUGUACUGCAACGUCUUGAUGCUUCAGUACCGAGGCUACGGUCUGUCGACUGGUAAUCCGAACGAAAAGGGCAUCGCAAUAGAUUCGCAAACUGGACUCGACUAUAUUCGAAGUCGGGAAGACCUCAAGAAAACAAAGAUCGUAGUCUAUGGCCAGAGUCUGGGGGGCGCUGUCAGUAUUGGACUGGCCGUCAAGAACAAGGAUCGAGGCGAUAUUGCUGGCUUGAUACUUGAGAACACUUUUCUCAGUAUCAAGAAAAUGAUUCCGAGUGUUAUCCCUGCAGCCAAAUACUUGACGCCACUCUGUCAUCAAGUUUGGCCCAGCGAAGAAAUGAUUCCACAGAUCACAAACGUUCCAGUCCUGUUCUUGAGCGGGCUUCAAGAUGAAAUAGUACCGCCAUCGCAUAUGAAACGACUCUUCGACAUCUGCCAGUCAGAGCCGAAGAUCUGGAAGGAGUUCCCUUACGGUGACCAUAACAACACAGUUGCUGAGGCCGGUUAUUUCCACAGCAUUCAGGAUUUCAUCGACAAACCAGUCGUGCAUCGGUAA